CCUUCCUUUGAGCAGAUUGAGUUUCUGGAGCAUCACAUUUGUGGGGUCGAUUAAAUGCUCAAAAUGGCCAGAAAAAUGUCUUGACUAUAUUUUCUAUUCAUUUUACAACUUAUGGUGGGAAAUAAAAGUGUGACUUUUCAUGGAAAACACAAAAUUGUCUGGGCGACCCCAAACUUUUGAACGGUAGCAAAGUUGAGAAAACAAACAAACAAGUCUGCACUGAAAUCUCGAACAAUGACUAUUCCUCUUGUCAUCACCCAUGAUGUAGGUUCUGCAUAUAUUAGAUAUUGUUCUUAGAGUUACUACUUCACCUGCAGAUGUAGCAUACUGCAUUAAUGUUAUUUAAAAUAUCUCAGUACACAGAGGCUUAAACCGAAAGCAUCAGAUAUUUAUGGGAAUAAAUAUCCUGUAACACAAAGUGGGAAAAUGCCCGUGAGCACUGAGGUGGGCUGUAUAAGGCCUGUGGAACGCGUUUGCUGGAAGAGGAGGAGUACAGACUUUGUAAUGAAAUGAAAAAAAAGGGAAAAAAACCAUGAGACUGAUUUGUUAGGAUCCAGCAGGCUAGAGGGUGUUACCGUUCGAUAUAAUAUCAAGUUUGAAAACCGGAUCAGAAAUUUGGCGCCUUCUAGUUUUCGACCUGCACUUGCGACAUUCUUGAAGAUUUCCCCUUUAAAGCAGCAUCAGAGAGAGAGAGAGAGAGAGAGAGGGAGAGAGAGAGGAGUUUUUUUUUUUCUUGACUUCUUCUCGCCGGCUGCAUGGAGCUCGGUGUGUGUGGAUGAGUGCAGGGCUCCUGAAGGCUUCUCUGCUUCAGUCUUUUGUGCUCCUGAGCUCUCGUGGGAAUCUUUAAAUGCUCGAGUUGGGAUCUGCGAAGUUCACCGCCGCUUUCUGAUGAAUCUUUUCUCUCGCUUUUGAAUGAGGACAAGUUCCAGUCGGCCGUGCCCGGUGCAGCACGGGCUCAGGAGAAUGAACCGAUAAUAAGCGGACUUUGGUGACCGAUCGAUCUUUUCUGCACUGGCGGCCGAGGUCAUGAUGUAUUCACCGAUUUGUCUAACGCAGGACGAGUUCCAUCCAUUUAUCGAGGCACUCCUUCCUCAUGUGCGCUCCAUCGCCUACACUUGGUUCAACCUACAGGCCCGUAAGCGCAAGUACUUCAAGAAGCACGAGAAGCGCAUGUCCAAGGACGAGGAACGCGCCGUAAAGGACGAGCUGCUGAGCGAGAAACCCGAGAUCAAGCAGAAGUGGGCAUCACGCCUGCUGGCCAAGCUGCGCAAGGACAUCCGGCAGGAGUACCGUGAGGACUUUGUGCUCAGUGUGACAGGCAAGAAGCACCCGUGCUGCGUGCUUUCUAACCCUGACCAGAAGGGCAAAAUCCGACGCAUCGACUGUCUCCGCCAGGCGGAUAAAGUGUGGCGCCUGGACCUGGUGAUGGUGAUCCUGUUUAAAGGCAUCCCGCUGGAGAGCACGGACGGAGAGCGCUUAGUCAAAUCACCCCACUGCACCAAUCAGGCGCUCUGCGUCCAGCCGCACCACAUCACCGUGUCAGUGAAGGAGCUUGACCUCUUCCUGGCCUACUAUGUCCAGGAUCAAGACUCACAGCAGUCAGGAAGUCCCAGUAACAAUGAGCCUGGCAAGAAUCCUCCAGUUUACUUGGAAGACAGUUUCGUUAAAUCAGGAGUGUUCAGCGUUUCAGAGCUGGUCAGAGUAUCCAGAACUCCUAUCACGCAGGGAGCAGGGGUGAACUUCACCAUGGCAGACAUGCCCAGCCAGCCAUAUUACCAUGACCUGAACUCAGUGAGCUUACACCGCUCCCUCUCCUCCCCUCCUGGCAGUAAACGACCUAAGACUGUUCCAGAGGACAGCAUGGAGACGAGUCCCACAGGCCCGGACUUCUACUCUUCCCCUAGCUCACCAGUUAGCCGACCAUGGCAUGAGAGAGACCAAGCUGAGAUUUCCUCUCCCACUAUGAAGAAGGCGGAGAAACCGCUGUUUAGCCCCACCUCUCCACAAGACUCCUCCCCCCGCCUGACUACAUUUCCCCAGCAUCAUCACCCAAGCCUGACUAGUAGCGUGGGUCACAGUGUGAUCUCGACGAGGAGUCCUCCCCCUCACUCUCCACUACAGUUUUCAGCUCCUGCCAUUCUUCCUCCUGCUCCAUCGCCCUACUUCUCCCAUCCCACCAUCCGUUACCCUCCGCACCUCAACCCAGCCGACUCGCUCAAGAACUACGUUCAGCCUUACGAUCCAUCCAGCCCUCAGAGCAGCCAGCCGAACAGCAGUGGUCAGGUAGUGGGGAAAGUUCCAGGCCACUUCACCCCGGUGCUAACACCAUCUCCCCACCAUGGAGCAGUUAGACCCGUCUCUCUCUCCAUGCCUGACACCAAGCCAAUCACCACAUCCUCGGAGGGUUAUUCAGCCCCUGGCACCCCUACCGCUAACCGUUUUGUAGGACUGAGCCCUAGAGACCCAGCCUUCCUCCACCAGCAACAGCUGAGGAUUUGUGACUGGCCCGUGAAUCAAAACAUCAGGUCUUAUGGCUCAGAGGAGGCUUUGGGGAUUUCUUGGCAAAGGUCUAUAGAAACAGACAAGAGGAGAGAUUGUAAUGAGCAGGACCUACCAUACAGGUCCUGGUACCUGGGCGAGCUUAAUUCCAUUCCAAAUGUCGAACGGGACUCAGAUUCUGCCAACAAAUGUCCAGAAUUACAGCAUAAACAUCAUUGGUGAGCCCCUUCUUCAGGCGGAGACAAGCAACUGAGGGGUGUAAGCGGGGGGCCAAGCCUUGACUCUGGAGUGACAGGUCCGUGGACAAACCAGCAAGCGGCACUUACACAAUCUCCACUGACUUUUGUCCCUCCCACUGAAGGACUUUGCCCUAGAAAAAGAGAGUGGGUUUGGGUCAAAGCUGGCACGAGCCUCUCCAUGCCAGUCAGUCAUUGUGUGAGAAGGCCCCUCAACUGAUAUACUGUGAUAUUUACCAUUAAAAAAAAAUUAGAUGCCUUAAUGUUUUGCAUGAUAGGCUAGUCUCUUGUAGUGUUUUUUUUUUUUUAAUGUCACAAUUUCUAGGCUUGGUUUUUGAACAGGUGCAGGUGUAGAAGGAGAGGCACACAAGGGCUGGCUGGCUGGACUUUCUUUUUUUUUUUUUUCUCCUUUCCUUUGGGGAAUGCAGGCUCCAAUUCUGACCUAUCAAAGAAGGCUCAACCCACAUCAUUACAUGUCCAUAAGAACAAAAUUCAGCAAUUCAGACGUUUGUUUGUUUGUUUGUUUGCCUUCUAAAUUUUUUUUUUUCCAUGAUGAAAAGGCACCUUUUGGUAUCUGUAAUCUUGUCAAUCUUGGAUUUGUAUUUCCUUUAGACCUAAAGGUUAAUAUCUACGUUUAAGAGUUAAGAACUCUGGAUUUUUAUAGUGAAAAAAGACCUGUAUUACUAGGUUAGAAAACAACCCCAGUGAAUUUUCUUGAUGUAUCCUUUACAAAGGAUUUUCAAAAAAAGAAAAAAAAAAUGGUAAAGAAGAAAAUAUCUCAUAUGAGGCAAGUGCAAUUCAAAAGAUUUUUCUUUCUUUUCUUUUUUUUUUUUACUGAAGGGAAGCUAUCAUAGUCUGUCUGCCCUAGGACUCUAAAAAGGAAGGGGGAGUAACUGUUUUAAAAGUUCACUUUUAAAUGAGAAAAGAAUUAAUUGCAUCCUCAGAUAUGAACAUGGUGGAAAGUUGAGAGUGGAGACGUGUGAUUCAUUGACAGUAAACGUUUACCUGAGCAGAACUGAACACGAACAAAAGAGCACUUAUCUUGAGCCGUACCCAAGCACUCGGGUAGUUUUUUUUUUCCUCAUUAAUUUAUUAUGUAAAAUGACAAACAGAAAGUUAAAAAGGUGAAAAGACACAAACACACGGCGUGUAUAAAAUUGCUUGUUUUUUAUGUAAUCCCUACCUAUCUAGUGUGCAUUUUCAUUUGGGCCAUUAGCUUAUAAAGCUACUGUUUACAUACAUUGUGAUAUGACAAGAAACAUGAGGAUCGCAGGCUGGUGAAGUAAUUUAAGAGAAAAUGUGUGCGCACGCGUGUGUGUGUGUGUGUGUGUGUGUGUGUGCGUUUGUUAUGUGUUAAAUCUGCACUCAGUUAAACACUAACCUGCAGGGUGAGGCUAGGUCUCAUGGUGCUUCUUUUAUGCCCGGUUUGGUGAAUCUCUACAGUCGUAGUCCCGUAAAUCUCCAAUUGUUCACGGCAGUCCCAAUGCCAUCGCCUCUCCAAUCAGAUAUAUUUAUAUAACUAAUCUUUCCAAUAAUCUUAAUUUGCACGAAUAUAUAUAGUCCACAUUACGUGCCUUGCCUUUGAAUAUAGAAAACAUCACUACACUUGUUUUUACUGCAUUUAUUACCGUUUUAGAAAAAAAAAAUAACAUUUUUAUGAUAAGAAAUAUUUUGUACUCUGGAUGAAAUUGUGUCAUUGUUGAUUUUUAGCUUCAUUUACUACUUUAUCUCACAUUUACAGUGCAUAUCAAGGCUGUGUAUAGUUGCUGUUCUAAAGUUUAUAAUCAAACAGCGUUAUUUUUCAGUAUUUUGGUGUUUUUUUUUUUCCAUCUUCCAGUCAUUAUUGGGGAGGGAGGGGUCCAGAAUUAUAAGAAUUAUGCAAUACCAAGUUUUGCCUAUGUAGGUAGUGCUUUUAGCUAUGUCAAUUAGAAGCUAGUAUGGAGAUACAAAUAGUGUAAACAUUUAUUUUGUUGAUGUUGUCAUUGUUAACAUUGUCGUUGAUGUUGUUGUUAUUUUCUUUUUUUUUUCUUUUUUUUUUUUUAAUUGACCAAAGUGGGAACUGCUUUCUAUGCAGUGUGUGACAAGGUCUUUUCUUUGUUUCCUUGAGUGUACUGAAAGAUGGAGAAGCGCAUGCAAGGAUAGUUUUGUUUCGUUUUCUCCGUGAGGGGAGUCAUUUUUUUUCCCCUACGCUUUGUAGCAUGCAUCGUUUGGUCUAACAUGGCUGCAAAGUCACUGGUCUGCCUACUGUGACUAACCGAUUUUUUUUUUUUUUUUUUUUAAUUCACACUGGGGUGCUAGCAUGACUCCUGGAAAUGGCUCAUUUUCAGAGGAGAGAAAGCUUGACUUGAGACUGACAAUCAGUGUUGAAAUUUAGAGAAUUAGAGUUAAAACGUAGACGUUUCCGUGUACAACAUGACGGUAUGGACCGUUGAGCGGAAUCAAAUUCAUCCCAAGCUCAGAUUUUUCAUAUAACGAGGACUAUGGAUGCAAUCCAACACUACUCUGCAUAUUGCCUGUUAACUCACUCUGUCCACACACAGCAUCUUUUAAAACACAGUGAACUGUCGGUACUGUAUCUUGAAAGCUGUGAAGACGAAUCUUCAGCAUUGGUUCUGCAUAUUAUCAGUAGCAAUAUGCAAGUACAAAAGUAGAUGCCUUAAAUUUUUAUGAAAAAAGUGACUUGUUAUGAAAUGCAUUACAAUCACCACGCGAGAGUUGCGUGUUAAAACUCCUUACAAUCAGAAAAGAAAUUGUAUCCUUUAUUGUUUCUUAUGUUGGAAAUAUAUUCAGGUUCAGCCUUAUGAGGAUGUCAGUCAGGUUCGGGGACACAGUAUGAACUCAUGAUCUGUUUUAUAUUCUACUUGUGAUAAACUACAGACUUCAGAGGAAGGGCCUUAUGCAGUCUCCAAAAGUCCUGGAGGACCACUGCGAUUUAAACGCUCAGCACUUAUACAGCAUAUAGGCAAUCAUCCACCUCCAGUGCCCUUUCAAACGAACAAUUCCAUGAACUGUAAAACAGUUACUCAGGCAUAAUGCGUCAUGGAGCAUUAUAUCAAUAUUAGUCUAUUAGUCAUUGGAUCUACUCUUUGUAUUAUACAAAGAGGUUCAACAUAUCUUUCAACAUUUCUGCUGCUUGCACUUGGUCCAUUUAAUGGCCGUGUUCUUCUACAGCAGACCUGAAAUCAUUAUAGAUCUUUGUCUAACCAUGUCCUCAAAAAAAAAAAAAGUCUGGAUAGAAAAAACUCAAGUCAAGCUCAAUCUUUCCUCCUUCACAAACGUGCUUGUUCUUAUUGUGCAAAAAAAAGUAAAAGAAUGAACAAAAUGAAGCCACCCCAUUUUAUGUGCACUGCUGUCCCUGUUAUUUUAUUUUAUUUUAAUUUUUUUUAAAUGUUAUUGGAUUUGAUAAAUUCAAAGUGCUUUGCAGCCGUUUGGCCGUUAGCCGUGCCACUGAAGUGCAUUUCCCCCAGACUGAUGGCAGUGUCAGGGUCAGAGGAUCGGUGCCGUGUUAGUGAAGAUGGCUGUAGGUAUGGGUCACUGUGCUGGCCAUACUGAUGGGAUUAGUCUCUGGUAGUCCGUAGGGGAUAGAUUCUGUUCUGGCAGCUCUGUAAAAACCUGUUUAUCAGUGCAAGCGUGUGGUACAGUGUGUGAAACACUGACGCUACAAGAGAUGAGCAAAUGAGCGUAUUUUUAUUCAACUGCCUGCCUUCUGGACAAAAGUUUGUACACUGUAGUUUUUUCUUUGCCCUUGCUUGGAAAGAGCAAACCUUUUAAACACAGAAAUGAAUUUGCUGCCCCUUCUUGUAAAAUUGUAAAAAAAAAAAAAAAAAAAACUACAACAAAAAAAAAAAAAUUCUGAAUCCGAAAUGAACUUUUUACGACUUAUAAAGUUGAAUCGUUGAAAUGUAAAUGUAAAGUAAAUUUUUUUUGCUUGUUUGUUUGUUUGUUUGUUUGUUUUUCCUUUGGUUGGUGUGAGACCUAAAGUUUGUGAUGUGAAUAUGUAUGUCAUAAAAAAUAGGAAAAGAAUUGAUGAUUAAAUUCAUGUUGUGAAGGGUAACAUUUUGUUCUCUCAGUAUAAUUUUAAAAGGCACCUGAUUUCAGUUCAUCAUCAGUGAGUCCUAGCGCUAGUCAUAGCAAUAGUCUCGUAGUCCAUAGUGGUUCAGUUUUGCUCUGUUAGCUGGGUGGUUUGUUUUGGUGCGAGUGUGUGCCAGAGUGUGUGUCUGGCUGACUCUGACGCCACACGGUAAGGAAAAAUGAGGGUCUUUGUAUUCAAAUGCCUGCCUUGUAGACAAAAGUUUGUACACUGUAUUUUUUUUUUUUUUUACUUUACCCUUAUUUGUAAAAAGCUAAAUUUAUAAACUCAAGGAAUUUGCUUAAUAUGAAUUUUUAUUGUAAUGCAAAUGAAAUAGGCUACAACAAAACUGUUUAGGAUCUGGACUCGAGGUACAACUCUAGCUGCCCAUACAAAUCAGAAUGAGUUUUAUUUUUAAUUUGUUAUAUUUUGUUGUGGAGGCAAAGUCCUACGUUGGUGUGUAAAUGUUUAAAAGUAAAUGAUGAAGGUCAUUUGUUGUGCUUCAUGUAGAUUAAUCGGGCGUGUUGUUUCUGUUAGCGUGGACCUCGACUGUGUGACUUGAUAAUGCGAUAGCAGAAAUGGGGAAAAGGAAAUAACAGUUUUGCUGAUUCGGGCCAAACGGGGGAGGGAAACCUGUGUGUCCCUUUGAAAAGGCACCUGAUUCAAGUCUGUUGUCAGUGAUUACCAGGGUAAUGUUGUUAGUGACAUAUUAUUCUGCUGUCUCCUGGAAAAGAUAAUUAAUUUACCAACAAUACAGUGAAUCAUUUGGUUUCUGAUGAGAUCUUAUAGCUUUUCGAUCACAUACCGAGCUGAAGCUGACAGGUAUGCAUGUUCAUUUCACAGUAUUUCUGUACGUGUUCACUGUGGGCUGUGAUUGCCAUGUAAAGUAACGUUAAUCACCUUCAUCGUGGAAUUGGGAUAAGGUUAUUACUGGGAGAACCCGAACUCUCAUGAGCCUUUGCACAGCCCUGCAGAUAUCCGUUCAUGUCAUUAGCACAGAUGAAAGUUUGGCAGACAGCUGAGCAUUUGCACUUUCCGCAGUUCCCACUCGCCCUCUCAUUGGCACGUCGUUGUUUGGAGUAUGGUUUGCGUAUAUUAUCGGAUUUUAAGCCUGAAUACUUCCAUCUAAUUUCACUGAUUGUGAUCAUGUAACAGUCUCGCUCACCACAGCACACAGUGUUAUGAGGCUUAUGAGAGGAGUUCUGGUCAAUUUCUACUUUUAUGUGUCUCAGUAGUGAUUUGUAGAUUUGUUUUUCAUUCCUUUUCAAAGGGCUGAUUAUUAAUACGUUUUAAUCGGUUUGUUGUCAAGAAAUUAGAUUUUCAUAGCAUUACAUGUAUUACAUUAUAUGAGACGAUGGCCUGGUUAAAGUUAAGUAUUACAUGUAGAGUUAGUAAUGAAAGCCAUGCUCAUGGACACUGAGAAGGCCACAAGUAUUCUCCUUAUGCAAGGAGGUGCUAGUGGCACUCACGCAAUAUCUUUAUUUAGUUCACCUGAAUAUGGAUUUAUCACAGCGAAAGGCAGGAGAACCUUUCAGUCCAUUUCUUCAGUUCUGUUUUCCAGGGGCAUUUCCAAUGGCAUGAAUGAACAUCAGGAACAUAUUAAAAACCAGCAUAUUUUGAGAUGUUUACCAAAAAAAAAAAAAGACAAAAAAUAUAUACAGUAUAUAUAUGUUAAGCAGUGCCUGUUCCAGCUCACAGUCUCAGUGGACUUCACAUUGUACAUAACAAACAACACUGAAAUUUCUUUGGGAAAAAAACAAUUAGAAAUGUAGAGAGAGAAAAAACAGUCAAAACAGAAUGUGUGGGUUGCUUCUUCCUGUAUUUUGAUCUUAUUAUGGUUUAUUUCCCCCCAGGUUUUAUGUGAUGUGUCCUUUUUAAGUGUUUUUUGUGCUCUGUUCAUUUUUGAAUAUUUUAGUCCUAUUGAAUGGAGUGCCCUGGUCUCGCGAUAUUUCUUUGAUGAGAUUAAGUAAAUAGUCGGGCAGUGUGUUUCUUUAGAUUGUCAAUGCUACACUUAGAACUACAGUAGAUGAAAAAAAAUGUCAGCUAAAAAAAAAAAGAAAAAAAAAGAUGCUUGCCAGCUCCACAGCAGGGUUGAUCUCUUUCAGGUCUUGUGGCACUUUUACACCCUUUUCAAAAUGGCUUUUUUUUUCUUUUUGAGCCAUGCAUUUGUAACAUGACAUGAACAACACUAACAUGUUUUAAGGUUGUAUCAGCCUUUAGUGAAUGUAGUAACACCACAGAUGUAUGCAAAAGGCUAUGUAAAUCCCUGAAUGUACAUCAUAGAAGACUUUAAAGACUUGUUUUAUUCACCGUUCGGGAAAUGCAGGUAUCCUUCAAGAGACUGUACAGUGAAGGUCUUGGUUUUUUUUUCCAGCUGUUUUUACUUUUCUUCAUUUGGUUUGGUUUUUUUUUUUCACUUUUCACGACUAAACAGUAGGCAUCGCCUUUGAGCUAGCUUGCAUUUGAUGUAGGGGAUAAAAUUGCCACAAGAUUACAAAUGAGUGUAAAUAAUGCUUGACUUUUUGUGAUUGUUACUGUUAUAUCCAGCCUAUACUGCUAGCAGCUGUUUUUACUGCAGUCAAUUACUGGAAGUGGAUAUAUUUCCUAUGCAAAACUGUUUAAACAAUAAAACGAGCUAUGCUACAAAACAAA